AUGUCCAAUACCUCCGGCAUCGAUGAGGUCUCUGGCAAGAGCUUCGACUACAUCGUAGUCGGCGGUGGAGGAUGCGGGCUGACUUUGGCGGCAAGAUUGAGCGAAGAUCCCUCCAAGACUGUUCUUGUUCUUGAGUCUGGAGGGGCCAACCUCAACGACCCGGAACUACUGCGCCCCGCCUCAUACGGCUCGCAUUUAGGGAAACACCAGUACGAUUGGGGCCAUAAGACAGUCGAGCAGAAUUAUCUCGACGGCCGAUCCUUAAUCUGGCCACGAGGCAAAGGCCUUGGCGGUUCGACUGCCAUAAACUUCAUGGGUUAUGCUAAACCGCCUGGACGCCAUAUUGAUGGCGCGUAUCGCCUCUCCGUCCCGGGAUUCCAGCCCCCGCCUGAAGACGUCCAGAAAAGGCUGGAGAUGAACUCCGCCACUUGGAAAUUCGGGAGGAGUGGGCAACUCAGGGUCGGGUUUCCUGGACUGAUCCAGGAUGGUGAAAUUAAGCUGAAAGAGGUUCUGGAGAACGCUGGAAUACAUCCGGCACCCCAACCCUACGAUGGAGAUCCUAACGGAUGGUUCUGGUGUCUCAACACCUAUGACACAGAAACGCAUACUAGAUCCUACUCGACGACGGCAUUCUAUCUCCCAAACAAAGAUAGAGCAAACCUGCUGGUUCUAACGAGCGCUCAUGUGCAUCGCGUCCUCAUCGAACGCGACGCUACUGGUGAUCUUACCGCGGCUGGCGUCGAGUUUGGACAUGGUGGCGACACUCACAGCGUACGGGCCUCCAAAGAGGUUAUUCUGAGUGCUGGUGCUCUCAAGUCUCCGCAGAUUCUCGAACUGUCUGGAAUUGGCCGAAAGGACGUCCUGUCAGAGAUCGGGGUUCCCCUCAAGCUCGAGCUUCCCGGCGUUGGCGAAAAUGUGCAAGAGCAUAUCGUACUUGGGAUAUCAUGGGAGCUAAAAGACGAUUGUCCUUUGCAAACAUUCGACCUCUUACGGGACCCUGAGGUUUUCGCGAAGAAUAUUGAGCUCCACAAGCAAGGCCAAGGGUUGUUUACUAUGGGUAUCAUUCUCUCGGCGUUCUUCCCGCCGGACCAAAUCUCGGACAAGGCCGGAGAAAUCUACCGCCGGGCCAAGGAAGAAAUCGACAAGUUAGUCCCCGCCAGAGUCUCUGCAGGCUAUCUAGACCAGAUGCAACUACUGUUGGGGCGUCUCAAUCCAAACACAAGCAGUCCCACUUGCCAGCUGUCCAUGGUACCUGGAUUUCAAGGGUCGGGUCCCAACCCGCCCAGCCCCGGGAAGCGUUACGUUACUUUCGUAACCAUGAUCAACGGGCUUUUCUCCCGGGGAACCAUCCAUGUCAAGUCGAGUGACCCUAACGAGGAUCCUGACUUCGACCCCCGGUAUCUCGAGCGCAACGUCGAUGCGGACGUGCUCCUCGAGGCCACGAAGUUCAUGCGCAACCUGGCAAAUAUUAGUCCUUUGAAAGAUAUGAUUGUUAAGGAACUCAAUCCCGGCCCUACUGUGCAGACGGAUGAGCAGCUCCUCAAAUGGGCCAAGGCUACAUUCAACUCUACCUUGCACACUGCGUCCUCUCUUUCGAUGCUACCGAGAGAGAAGGGCGGCGUCGUCGAUCCUCAGCUGAAGGUGUACGGGACAAACAACCUGCGUGUUGCCGACAUAUCGAUCAUCCCUUUGCACGUCUGCUGCAUGACCCAAUCCACGGCGUACUUCAUUGCAGAGAAAGCCGCCGAUAUCAUCAAGAGCUGUUGA